AUGGGUUUUGCAGCCGGUCGCCGAGGCUUGGUGCCAGGGGGUGGGGCGUGUUUCAGUGCUCUGUGGAGCCGGGGCAUUUUGGACGGUGCCGUGGGGGGGCCGGUGUUCGGCGCCUGGCCCUACUUCGGAGUGGCGGGCUGCCGGCUGGGCCCGCGGACUCGUUCCCGCGGCUCCCGAGGCACCGGCAUGGCGAUGGCUGGGGGGCUUCUUCGGGUUUAUGUUCUGUCUACAAACCUGUUCCGGGAUUACCACUAUGUGAACAUCCCAAAGACGUGGGCCAAAGCUCAGCAGUACUGUAGAGAGGUGUAUGGUGAUCUGGCCACUGUAGACAGCAUUGAAGAAAGCAGCAGAUUAUUCACUGCCCUGCAGGAACCUGGAAAGUUUGCUUGGAUCGGCCUUUAUGAUAACAUCACCGGUUGGAAGUGGACGAUGGGAGAGGAUGACUUUGACUUUGUCGGUGAAAACGGUUUCCCACCCUGGGAAAAAAACCAGCCUGACAAUGCAAAUGCAAAGCAGAGCUGCAUCGUCAUGAACUAUAUUGGGGGAUGGAGAGAUGAGGACUGUGAAACAGAGCGCAGAUUUAUCUGCUUUGAUGAAAAAGCUGCUUCUAAAUACAUUCCAGUAAACAUUCUAAAAACUUGGGAAGAUGCUAAGAAUUACUGUCGAUCUGAACACACUGAUCUUGUCAGAGUGUGGAACAUGUCUCAGAACAACGAAAUUCAUCCCAUGCUUGGAAUUAACCAUUGGAUGGGCCUUUACAGAGAUCUCUGGGCUAACUGGUCUGACCAAAGCCCAGUUACCUUCACAAACUGGGAGGUAGGCCAGCCUGACAACAGCGGCAGCACCAACAUGACUUCCUGUGCUGCAGUCAAAACGGACACAGGAAAAUGGUGGGAUGUUGACUGCAGUGAAGAGCACGAGUUUAUUUGUCAGACUCUGAUCCCACCAAGAAGGAGGAUAAAGCUGAGCUUCCAGUCUGAGGCUGACUUGACUGACCCUCAUAUCCAGCAGCAGAUUUUAGAGCAGCUGCACUCUAAACUGGAGACGGAUGGAAUUACAGACUUCAAACUCCGCUGGGUUGAGAAAGGUGGACAAGUUUUUCACAAGAAAAAAUCCCAAAACACCUGAGGAAAGCUCACCCUUUUAAAAAGUGAAAUUAUCAAGUCAAAAUUAUAUUCACUUCUUAGAUGAAAUACUCAAAACCUUUGUGUAGAAACUAGUGUUGCACCGGUGCCAUUUUUUGGCCCUGAUACCGAUACCCCAUACACGGCAGUGCAAUAUCAGCCGAUACCAUCUGUUUGUAUAUAUAUACAACUGCAUACUACUUGGAUGUAAAAUUAUUGCCAUAAUGUCUUUGUCAAGCUGCUGCCUACCUUUGUGAAGCAGGAAACAGACUAAUAAAAAGUGAAUCCAGUAGAACUUUUUAUUGCCUACCUGGAAUGGGUGACAAUAGUUGAAUAAAGUUUUGGCUCUCAAAAUCUCUGUGUGUAAAUCUACAUUUAUAAAACUAAAACUUUUUCUUCUGCUCCACUCUGUUUUGAAGGUUGGAAACAUUAGCAGGGUGAAGUUUUGAAUAGUUUGAGGUCUUGAUAUUUUUAAGUAAGUGUAGCACUCUAUGUCUUAGCCUGCAUGUUAUCAUAACUAGGGUUAAUUUCUCUCUUGAAUUUUUUUUUCAGCUUUACACAUGCUCUGUAAAUUACUUAACAUGCUAUAAACUCCAUAAUAAAAAUUAUACACCUGAUAUUAAAAAAUUGCUAAUAAAUGCAAUAAUAAAUGUUCCUGUUUUUGGUCUAAGGACAUGCUGGUGCCUCUUGAAUUAUUGUUUGUUGUGUGAAACAAAAUGUUUGAGUGGUGUUUGGUAAAAUUAAUUGUAGAGUUGUCUAAUAAAUAAAAUAUUAUUGAUCAUA